UACAAUUUCAGUUGUGGAUAAAGGAUUAAUAGUUGAUCGGACUUAGUAAGACUUUGAAAACAGAAGAAGAUAAUAAAAGCUUCUUGCGGCGGCGAUACAAUUCAACGCCGAGAAAAUCAACAAACCGCGUCUUCUUAAAAGAUCUCUUCACAUUAUAUGAUGAUAUGAUCAACCUUUUCUCCACCUCCAAAUCUUCCAUUUUCUUUACUGAUCCCAUCAGCCCCUAAUUCUACUGAGAUUUCACAUCCCCGGCGACCCGUUGCAGAUAUGGAACCACGACGUCGACGCCGUCCUCCCUUACUUCUACUUCUACUUCAGCUUUGUAUCUUCUUUCUCUUCUUCUUUUCUUCUUAUGCAGUCGAUUUCUUCUUCAAUUCCUUCUCAAACGAAUCGAAUGGCACUGAUUUCAUUCUCAUUAGCGACGCCAGGUUCGAUUCCCCUGUAAUCCGCCUCAACAACGACUCAAACCAGAAUUCAAUCGGUCGUGUUUUCUAUCACACGAAGCUAACUAUGAAACCCACUUCGAAUUUCUCAAAGAUUUCUUCCUUUUCAACUUCUUUUGUGUUCUCGAUCUUGCUGGAAGACGCUACUAGUCCAGGCUUCGGUUUGGCCUUCGUUCUUUCCAAUUCUACUUCCCCUCCCGGUGUCAUCGCCGGCCAAUACUUUGGUCUCUUUACUAAUUCAACAACCCACGUCGUUGCUCCACUUCUCGCCGUCGAAUUCGACACUGGCCGAAACACGGAGUUCAACGACCCAGAUGAUAGUCACAUCGGAAUCGAUUUGAACAGUGUGUUGUCGAGUAAAAUACACGGCGCUGGGUAUUUUGGUUCCAAUGGGCAAUUUAUUCCGAUUCAGAUGAGAAAUGGGCAAAACCUUCGCGCUUGGAUCGAAUUCGAUGGAGCAAAUUUCGAAAUUAAUGUCACAAUCGCCCCAAUUGGAAUUCCUCGUCCUUCGAUACCCACUUUGAGUUUUAGAGAUCCUUUAAUUGCAAAUUAUGUAUCGACUGAAAUGUUUGUGGGAUUUUCAGCAUCGAAGACAAAAUGGGUUGAGGCGCAAAGGAUUUUAGCUUGGAGUUUUAGUGACACUGGGGUUGCUAGAGACAUUAACACCACAAAUUUCCCUGUGUUUAUGAGAGAAUCACCACCAUCUCCUUUGUCGCCAGGAUCGGUUGCCGGUAUUGUAAUUGGCUGUGUUCUGUUUGUGAUCAUAGUUUCUGGGUUUGGAUUUUUUUGGUACUGGCGAAAGAACAGAGCAAAAGAAGAAGACGAAGAAAUUGAGGAUUGGGAACUUGAAUAUUGGCCUCAUAGAUUCUCCAACGAGGAGCUUUCACAAGCUACUGAUAAAUUUUCCGAAGAAAAUCUGUUGGGAUCCGGCGGAUUUGGAAGGGUAUUCAAAGGAACUUUACCAAACCACACGGAAAUCGCCGUUAAAUGUGUAAAUCACGAUUCAAAACAGGGGUUAAAGGAAUUCAUGGCAGAAAUCUCAAGUAUGGGUAGGCUUCAACAUAAGAAUCUAGUUCAAAUGCGAGGAUGGUGUCGAAAAAAAAAUGAAUUAAUGUUGGUUUAUGAUUAUAUGCCGAAUGGAAGUCUUAAUCGGUGGAUAUUUGACAAGCCCACAACGUUACUCAGCUGGAAGCAGCGACGCCGUGUACUCGGCGACGUUGCGGAAGGUUUGAACUAUCUCCAUCAUGGUUGGGAUCAGGUGGUGAUUCACAGAGACAUAAAAUCGAGCAACGUGUUGUUAGAUUCAGAAAUGAGAGGCAGAGUCGGCGAUUUUGGGCUGGCGAAGUUAUACCAACACGGCGAAACUCCGAACACCACUCGAAUUGUUGGGACUUUGGGGUAUUUGGCGCCAGAGAUUGCGACGGUGGCUACUCCAACAGCGGCUAGCGAUGUUUAUAGUUUUGGGGUUGUGGUUCUUGAAGUUGUGUGUGGGCGACGGCCGAUUGAGUUGGCAGCGGAGGAAGAAGAAAUGGUGCUUAUUGAUUGGGUGAGAGAUCUUUACUCUGCCGGCCGGUUGAUUGCGGCGGCAGACUCGAGAAUCAGAGAAGAGUAUGAGACUGAAGAGAUUGAAUUGAUGUUAAAGCUUGGUUUAGCUUGUUGUCAUCCGAACCCUGAACGCCGGCCUACAAUGAGAGAGGUGGUGGCAGUUUUGAUCGGAGAACAGCCAUCAGCGGAGUCGGUUGAGCUUUUAUCAGGAUUGGCCGGUGGCAUGGUUGACGACACUCGAAAUGUUGAUAUUUGAUUGCAUAAAAUGAAGUCGUCUUUAUUCACGGAGACUGCCACAAUUAUAUCCAUCAUCUAUUGAAUCUUUGCAAAGAAAGGUUAGAAGAUGGAAGAUUUUACUAUUUCUACAAAUGGAAAGAUUUUGAUAUUGAUGCGAAAGAGACAAAUUUGAAGCUUAUGAAUUGAUUUUGUAAGUGCUCAAGAGCCUUCCUUCAUGUAUAGACACAUUCAUCGUCUCCGAUUCACAGCUGAUCUUGCUGGUUUUUGAUCCCUUCGCUUUGUGUUCGAUGUUGGAGAAUAUCUCUGUUCAAUCCCAGCGAAUUACAACCAUACAUUGUUUUGAACUAUCAAAGUUUCUUGUGUUUAGAAUGAGUUUGUAUAAGAGAUACCAUUCAUAAAAUAAAUUUCAUGUUCUUUCUCUGUACAUUUUGAGUUUGGAAUUACAUUUCAUGAUCUUCUUCU